ACUGUUACUUUUGAAAAGCAAAAUUUUAGAAAAUUUUUCCUGUUCAGCAACCUUCCUCUCUAGAAUUGCUUCAAACUUUGGCAUUCUUAAAUGAAUUCAUUAAGAAGAUGUUUGUUUACUUUCAUUUACAUGCUUGGGGUUGGGAAGGAUGCAAAGAUGUAAUAUUCUUACCUUUUUUAAAGUAAUAUGCACGAGCUUAGGAAUCACUGUGUACUCCCAACCAAUAAUAGCAAGUCUUGGUUAAAAAACAAUUACUAAGUACAAAAAUUUGUAUCAUUUAAAACUUUAGACAAAUGAUAAGGAAGAUACCUUAGGGAAGUCCCCCCCAACCCAUGAAUAUUUAGUUUAAUUUAUAUAUAACUUUAAGUAAUCAAAAUACCCUAAAUUCCAGAUGAAUAGUUUUCUACCUUCUAUCAUUUAACAUCAUUGAUAUUCUCAGAAUAUAUGCACACCAAACUAAGACAUGUCAAAGUAUAUCUGUGUGUUUUGAUCCAGGCAUUAAAAUGUGUGUAGAAAUGGAAACAGGUACAUAAAUAUCACUGCUGAAGGUAAAAAUAUAGACAUAUUUACAGAUUAACACUUAACUGUGGUAUAUAAUUUACUUUCAAAUCUAAUAAGAAAGUUAAAAGGUAAAAAUGUGUUAUUGGAUAUAUAAUAUUAAAAGAAGAAAACUGCAAGAGCACAAAAGUGUGGGAGGGUGGAGGUUGUGAAGAUGCAGUAGUAUUUUUGUAUGCAAUUGAAGUUAAGUUGUUAUCAACUUAGAAGAGUAUAACCAAAUAUAAUCAAAGUAAAUCACGAUUAAACGUCAUCGAAUAACAAAGGAAGACAAUAAGAGGAAAAGAGGAGCAAAACAGUUGUCAAAUAGACAGGAAGCAACAAACUGGCAAUAGUAAGUCCUCACUUAUUAGUAAUUACUUUAACUGUAAAUGGAUUAAACUCACCACUCACAAGGAGUUGUAUGAAUGGAUUUUAAAAACAGGAUCUGGCAGCAGCCAAUGGGAGGCCGCAACAGCUCGUGCUGGCGCACACAGUGGGAGGGGAGGGAGCCCAUUAUGUGCACGCACCCUCUCCCUCAUCCACUGCUGUCACCUCCUGCUGCUCCUCCUGCUGCUUGUGUACUCGUUAGGUGCGGACCCGCCACCUCUUUUGUGAAGCAGCAGCUGAGGAGACUGGUGCUCGCCAUGGCCAACAAAAAGCCUGCAGAAGGAGUCAAGACUGAGAACAAGAAUCAUAUUAAUUUGAAGGUGGUGGGACAGGAUGAUUCUGUGGUGCAGUUUAAGAGGCAGACACCACUUAGUAAACUAAUGAAAGCCUAUUGUGAACGACGGGGAUUGUGGCAGAUCAGAUUCCGAUGCGAUGGGCAACCAAUCAGUGGAACAGACACACCUGCACAGUUGGAAAUGGAAGAUGAAGAUACAAUUGAUGUGUUUCAACAGCCUGCGGGAGGUGUCUACUGAAAAGGGAACCUGCUUCUUUACUCCAGAACGCUGUUCUUUAAAGACCAAGAUUAUUACAUUCUCAAUUAGAAAACUGCAAUUUGGUU